CGUGCUGACCCACAUACCUUUGACCGACUCAUUGAGAAGAUCAGCAGUGAUUCUGUGUUCCAAAACAACUCUCUGAACAGCCAGCUCCCCAUCGACCAACAGCUUGUGAUAACACUCUAUCAUUUUGGUCACAAUGGAAAUGCCGCAGGUCUUCAGAAUGUGGCAAACUGGGCUGGUGUGGCCAAGGGGACUGUCCUGCUGGCUAUGAGGCAUGUGAUAACAGCCAUCCUCCACCCCGGAUUCAUGAAAGAGGCUGCAAAGCGCUGGGUGCAUGCUUAUUCGUGUCGCACUUGGCGUGAUGGAUGGUGCCUUGUUGAGGGCACUCUCAUACCUCUCCAUGAUCGACCGUUUUGGUACAGCGAGAGCUGUUUUGAUCAAAAAUGUAACUAUUCUUUGAAUAUUCAGGUGGUCUUGUUGCCAAACCUGCGCAUCAUUGACUUCGGCUAUGGCUUUACAGGUAGUACACAUGAUUCAAUGGCUUGGGAGGGGACUAGGAUAGCACAAGAGGCUGAGGAUGCUUUUGAAGGUGAAGAGUUUAUUUGGGCCGACUCCGCAUAUCCAAUCAAAACUUGGCUUGUUGCUCCUUAUAAAAAG